AUGAGCGCAGAUUGGGGACCAGUCAUCGUCGCAGUCGGCUUGUUCAUCCUGCUGUCGCCAGGGUUGCUCUUCCAAUUACCGUCGAGGACUCGGGUGAUAGAGUUCGGAAACAUGUGCACAAGUGGGAUAGCCAUCCUAAUCCACGCCGUGAUAUACUUCUGCAUAAUCACCAUCUUGAUCAUUGCCAUUGGUAUUCACAUACACAUCGAGUGAUGUACAUC